UCAUUACUAAUGUUCUCUUGGAGAAGUUCUGCAGACCUAAAAUAAUAGUCAAGUACAUUUCCAAACCAUUUAAUUAAAGGAACAUUCUAAUAGGUCACAUGGAUUCUUCAAAUGGGGAGGGAUAGGAUGCUAACAGGAAAUUGAGGCAUUAAGGUAUUGAGAAAUGAGAAUCUAAUCAGUCAGAAAUUCGAAUAUUUCUCCUAAGUCGUUCAUAUGGACUCUACAAGAGUACAGUUUCUUGAGAAAAAAUGAGAAAUGCUAGAACUCACAGUUCACCCAAAUUCCCUUUUGAAACGAAAAACUCCUCAAAGCAAUGUGCAAUGUCCUAUUUUCAUUCAAUUAAGAUGCAUUUAAACAACAAAUGAGGGACAAGAACCCAAUUUUAUCUUCAAUUAAAAUCUAAGCAAAUCAUCAAGAACUUGCAGUAUUCCACACUAAUGUAAAAAAGGUAGGUACACUUAAUAAUAAAUGUUGGAUGGAUAUUUGUCAUACUAUAGAAAGGAAUUGGGCUAAAAUCCCCCAAUGACAAGAAUAGGCCUAGCACGGUGUAAAAUAGUUAGGCCCAUGAAAACAUUUCAUUGCUAUAUGGCUUCUUUCGAAUAGAGAGUACUACAGAAGUUCCUCUCUUCUCCUCUCCUGCACGCAAAGUCGCAAACUUCCACGGUUAUGGCUAUGGAGAACGUGGGGAGUUUAGACGCGGCCAUUGAGCAAUUGCUGAAUGCGGAGAAGCAUGCGAGGCUCGCCGGCGACGUCGCCGCCACCAGAAACGCCGUCACCGAAAUUUUACGGUUGUGCUUCGAAGCGCGUGCCUGGAAAACUCUCAAUGACCAGAUUGCUCUCUUGUCCAAACGACGUGGCCAGCUUAAGCAGGCUGUGACAGCGAUGGUCCAACAGGCUAUGCAAUAUACUGAUGAGACACCGGAUCUUGAAACUCGUAUAGAACUCAUCAAAACCUUGAACAGUGUAUCUGCAGGAAAGAUAUACGUCGAGAUUGAGAGAGCUCGGUUGAUCAAGAAACUUGCAAAAAUUAAGGAAGAACAAGGACUUAUAGCUGAAGCUGCUGAUUUGAUGCAAGAAAUUGCGGUGGAAACUUUUGGCGCCAUGGCUAAAACUGAGAAAAUCGCAUUCAUUCUUGAACAAGUUCGUUUGUGUCUAGACUGCCAGGAUUAUGUUCGUGCACAGAUACUCUCAAGAAAGAUUAGUACGAGAGUGUUUGACGCUGAUGUUACAAAAGAAAAGAAAAAGCCUAAAGAAGGUGAUAAUGUUGUUGAAGAAGCUCCUGCAGAUAUUCCAUCUCUACCAGAGUUGAAGCGGAUCUACUAUGAACUAAUGAUUCGGUAUUAUUCCCAUAAAAAUGAUUAUCUUGAAAUUUGCCGUUGCUACAAGGCAAUAUAUGAGAUUCCAUCUGUCAAAGAAAAUCUUGCCGAGUGGAUUCCAAUCCUGAGGAAAAUAUGUUGGUAUUUGGUUCUAUCCCCGCAUGAUCCAAUGCAGUCAAGUCUUCUCAAUUCUACCUUGGAGGAUAAGAAUCUGUCUGAGAUUCCAAACUUUAAGUUACUGUUGAAACAGUUGGUCACUAUGGAGGUUAUCCAGUGGACAACUCUUUGGGAUUCAUACAAGGAUGAGUUUGAGAAUCAGAGUAACUUAGGAAAGAAUUUGGGUGAAAAAGCAGCUGAAGAUCUGAGGGAAAGAGUAAUUGAACAUAAUAUUAUUGUUAUAUCAAAAUACUAUGGAAGGAUUACUUUGAAGAGACUUGCAGAGCUUUUGUGUCUCAGUGUUCAGGAAGCUGAGAAGCAUCUUUCAGAUAUGGUUGUGUCUAAGGCAUUGGUGGCGAAGAUUGAUAGACCCAUGGGAAUAGUUUGUUUCCAAAGAGCCAAGGAUAGCAAUGACGUUCUUAUCUCAUGGGCAGCAAACUUGGAGAGGCUGCUUGAUCUUGUGGAGAAGAGCUGCCAUCAAAUACACAAGGAAACCAUGGUGCAUAAAGCUGCCUUGAAGGUUUAAGAAGUUCCCUGUCACUAUUAAAAGUUAUAGGUGAACCCCAAUAUAGAUGUGAUUUUGGACUGAAGGUGACUUAAAAGGAUGUUAAUUUGAAUUGUUGCUGAUUAGAUUGGUGAGGUAUUGGAUUAAAAGACGAGGCUUUCUUUUUCCACUUUAGAUACUGUCAAUGAUGCAAUUAGGGUAGAGCUGAUAUAUGCUUCUUAGCGUUGUAUACUAAUGGUGAAUUUACCACCGACUUAUGACUGGAUCCUAAACGUUCUUGUUUGUAGCUCAGCGGGAAGAAAUCGAAUGCUGAUAUUCUUUUGUCUGUUUUAUUUUCCCGUAUUUAUUGGGCUUACUAUUCGACUG